AAUUGGGUGGAAACUGCUAUCGCUGAUGUGUGUGGGAGGAGCUAGGCGCCUCGGACAUGCUUCUUCUUACAUCACCACUAUGGUUUUCGAAUUUAUUGCCCGUCAUCGGAUCAAUAGGUGUUUAGGGUCUCCGAAGGGAUUUUUUAAAUGAGAAAUUACUGAAGAACACAGUUUCCAAUGUUGGCGACUCGCCGCUUCUUGUUUGGAAUAUACUCCUGCCUUUCGUGUCGUUUUGAUUAUGGAAACGUGUUCUUUGAGUCACGUAGUCCUAGCCCGUCUUUCUCUUGUGGUCCUCUUGAUCGACCUGAGGCCCAUCAAUGCGUGGACGUACACCUCCAGCAGCAACGAUAUGGAUAGGACACUGGUAACGAGGGGAUACUUUUCUCCCAGCGUUACGAACUCUGAAGAAAUAACUGCCUUACCAAAGUACUUGUUUACUACUUCGGGAACUUCUAAAGACUUUAGGGAAGUACCAUCACCAUCAACUGGAACAGAACAAUACCACCGAGUCCGGCAUUCUGAUGACAGUGAGACCCGGACAUUGAGUGAAGACAAAUUAGCCACUGAACAAAACACGCAUCUCUCCACGGUCUCAACCCGCGGGGCAUCAGAAGGAACCCUUAGUUUGUCGAAAGAGCAGAUGAGCUCUACCAUUGUAGUGUCCACAGAGGCUACCACACAUUGGGAGGACCAGACCAGACUAGCACCAGACCACAUACUAGAGACCUACCCUGGGCUUCGAGUGGACCUCAGGUCUGUGUCUGUGACACAAGCCAGACUGCCUCAGGACAGCCCUGAUGCUGAGAACAGUCUCAUGCAGGACCAGUCGGCGAACCAAGGCACCGUGGGUCUCGGAGAGGACCAGUCGACGAACCGAGGCACCGCGGGUCUCGGAGAGGACCAGUCGACGAACCGAGGCACCGCGGGUCUCGGAGAGGACCAGUCGACGAACCGAGGCACCGUGGGUCUCGGAGAGGACCAGUCGACGAACCGAGGCACCGUGGGUCUCGGAGAGGACCAGUCGGCGAACCGAGGCACCGUGGGUCUCGGAGAGGACCAGUCGACGAACCGAGGCACCGCGGGUCUCGGAGAGGACCAGUCGACGAACCGAGGCACCGCGGGUCUCGGAGAGGACCAGUCAACGAACCGAGGCACCGCGGGUCUCGGAGAGGACCAGUCGACGAACCGAGGCACCGCGGGUCUCGUGCAUGGGCAGUCAACAGCCACUCUCAGACAGGACCAGUUGACAGACCUCGGAACCGUGGCUCUCCCCGUCCAAACUGACAGCACCUACAUCUCCUCCACUGUGAGUCGAGCGGGAGAGAGGACUUUACUGUCUGUGACCUCCAACAACACCUCCAUGUACUCUGAGGACUCCAACUCCUCCUCCCAGUCCCGGGCCUCCAUCUGGGACCUCCCGCCUGGCCUCACUGGAGCCAGGGCUGGGGCCGUCACCAUCAGGAUACCCUUCACAGGACCUGAGCAUGGGCAUGAUGCUACGUCUGGGUCUGACUCUUACCACCACACCAACUCCUCACAGGAGUGGUCUGGUGGUUUCUCCUCCAGAGGGACCAACCCACUGACUGGACCUCUCAAUGUGACCCAACAGCAGGACCUCACCUCUCUGGUUUCAGAGGGAACCCCCAACUCCACCCCUCCGCUCAGGGUGGUUGAUAACCACAGCAGAGAGGACACAGACACCACAGGCUCUAGUCAGCCCUCCAGAGGCAGGACAUCCCAGACAGAAGAGGGGGUCUCUGCUUCAUCACAGCCCCCUGUGCUGUCGUCAGAAGGCCCCAGCCACCCCAACACCUCUCAGGGAGGAGAAACAUAUAGAGAUUCUCCCUCCAUCCUGGUCACUGGGUCUGAGACCUCCACCGAGUCCUCCACAGGUCCCCCUAGCACCCGGGGGGGCCAGGGUGAGACAGAGGGGGUCCCAUCGCUCCCCACAGAGGACAAUACUAUCCUAGGCCUGGGUCUAACCACUGCUCCCCCAACACUACGAGACAGUGCCACUGCCCUGGAUGACUCCCUGUUUCGGUUCCUCGCCACCCAGCCUCCCUUCAUCCCCAAGACUCAGCGGCCGGCGGUGGCCACAGAGGUCCUGGUGUCCACCACACCUGUUACCGUGACAAUAAAGUCACAGGUCACCGAGGAGGAGCCCUACAUUGUUACCAUGGCAACCAGCACCACACCGACCCCGCCUCUUGCUACGACGAGGAUGGUUCAGCCCAGUACCGCUACUUCCAUUGAGGCCCAGACUCAGCCCACCAUCAUCCCUACCACCACUAUCACGGAGACUACCCUGGGUCUCCAGAGCUCUGCUUCCACCCCCCAGCCCCCGGGCACCACUCAGACUCAGUCCCAAGGGCCCUCAACGGGGGUGAGCUCCACCGACGUCACCACCUUGCACCUGGAGACCAGCACGGCCAGACAGGGGGACACCACGGCCCACAGCAUCACCACCACUACAGCCUCCUCCUCCUACAGUUACAGCGUCCCCACCAGAAACACAGUGGAACUACACACAACAGGGAAACACUCUGACAGGGGGACCACUGAGAUAGAAGUGAUCACCGCUCCAAUGGACAUCAGAUCUACACCGCAGACACCAGGUAGUGCCUGUGAGCCCAGCCCCUGUCUGAAUGGAGGUUUGUGUCUACCCUAUGGAGUGACUGGGUUCACCUGUGACUGUCUGUCAUCAUGGAUAGGACCUACCUGCAAUGAGGAUGUGGAUGAGUGUGAGAGUGGCCCCUUGGGCCCCUGUCCCAGUGACUCUACUUGUGUUAACACCAGGGGCUCCUUCAGCUGUGAGUGUCCCCUGGGUCUGGACAUGGAGCACGGAAGAGACUGCACGCGAGCAAAAACCUUCCUGGGCACGUUCAGUUUCAACGUCCCCCUGCUCUCCAGGAGCGCCACACUGUAUGAGAUCCAGAGAGAGAUCAACCAGCUGCUGAAUGCCUCACUAUCAAUUCUGCGUGGUUACCGGCGCUCUUCUUUGAGUAAAAAAGGGGAGGACGGGGUUCGUAUCUCUGCUGUCAACAUGUUCUCCAUCUCUACUGAUGUGACCAGCUCUGACGUCUACCACAUCAUACAGAUGUCUCUGAACAACUGUAACAGUACUGCUGGACACUGCCGAGUGGUGGUCACUCACCAACUUUCCUAUCAUGUUGAGAGUCUGUGUCUGGCCCAGAAUACCCAGUGUCACCCUGAGCAUUCGUUUUGUACCGACUCCAAUGGGACAGCCUACUGCCAGUGUCAACCAGGGUACUUCAAACUCAAUCCUGAGGAUCAGUCCUGCAUAGAAUGUGGUGAUGGUCUGAAACGGGUCAAUGGAACCUGUGUCAGGUGCACAUUUGGAUUUGGAGGAUUCAACUGUGGAAAUUUCUACAAGCUGAUAGCUGUGGUGGUAUCGCCAGCAGGGGGUGGCCUACUCCUUAUUCUCAUCAUCGCUCUCAUUGUCACCUGCUGCAAGAAAGACAAGAAUGACAUCAAUAAGAUUAUUUUCAAAAGCGGAGAUUUUCAGAUGUCGCCGUACGCAGAGUUCCCGAAGAGUAACCCUGUUUCUAUGGAGUGGGGGAGGGAAACCAUCGAGUUACAGGAGAACAGUAGCACCAAGAACCUGCUACAGAUGACAGACAUCUACUACUCUCCUGCUUUGCGUAACUCUGACCUGGAGCAUAACGGCCUCUACCCGUUCUCCGGCCUGCCGGGCUCCCGUCACUCCUGCAUCUACCCCGCUCAGUGGAACCCUUCCUUCAUCAGCGACGACUCACGACACCGGGACUACUUCUGACACCCAGCUACUCCACCUCUGCCUCCUAAUUUACACUUCCACUUCACUCGAACGUCCGCUCCCAUCCACACAAUGUCCGCAUCUGCGCACCUCCUUGGAAAAAGGUCCUGCGGACGAGGAGAUUUGUCAGUGUGGAAAUGUGCACCAUUUCGUUUGGCAGACCUAGCAGACAGCUCAGAAGUGGAAGGUGUAAAUUAGGCUUUAGCCUGGUCCCAGAUCUUUUUGUGCUGUUGCAUACUCCAUCCAUUGCUGUCCUUGUCAAGCCAUAUGUGGCAAUGAGUGAUAAUUAGUUGGCAUGGUAGUACAAACACACUGGAACGCAGGCUACCUCUGCCUGGGUAGGGUUAAGUAAAAGGGCUGGCACUGGGGCUAGGCCUGAAGGUAAAUUUGUAUCCACUGCGCUGGACUGUGGGUGGACUGAAGAUCGACUGCAACAAAAACACUUCACACUUAUUUUGAUUAUAUGAUUUGAUCAUAUGAUUUGAUUAUAUGUCAAAAGCAAUAAUCCAUAAAUUAUAAAAGUUACCAUGAAUUCAUAAUGUGUGGAUAAAUGUCUGUUCUGCAAAGUGAGUGUGUUUGUGUGUGUACACGCGUGUGUGUGUGGACACCCAUUUGCCAACUGCUGUGAAUUGUAGAUUAACAUUAUUUUAUUUCACUGAAAAUACAGGUUGAAAAGACAAAGCUGCCGAAUUGUUUUGUGUGUGUGUGUGUGUGUGUGAAGUAUUGUUACAUUGUGAAGAUAUUUAACUGCAUAUGAGAUGGAAAAAAACAUGUAUGUCAAAAAUGCUAUGUAUUUGUCAGAUGAGGAAUAGAUGAGGAAUAGAUGCACCAAAGUGGUUUCGUAUGACAGAUUGAAUGAUGGUCAAGGUCUGCUGCAGUCUGUUGGUCUGAACAGUAGAACAGUUGUUAUUUAUUGAAUAUUUCAACUGUUAGAAAUGUAUGAAGACAUUUUCAACAUCUUGCAUUGUAAGAGGGACUCAUACCCCACACUAUUCUAUAAGAAGUAACAUCUGAAGUUUGGACCACAAAAGGGUGUGUGUGUGUGUGUGAGUGAGUGAGAAUGCCUAGUUUCAGAUCUCGUUGAUUGUUUGCAUAAAGAUGUACUUCAAAAACAGCAGGCUUAAUUACAAAUGGAUGGCGUUCCCUUACAUUUUUUUGUAUUUCUUGUCUUCCUUCUAAUAUGAAUGGUCUCUUACCUCUGGCGUUUUAGUCAGACAUGUAUUUAAUAAUAAAUAAGAUAGUUCUGUAAAACUGCCUGUCUGACUCUUUAAAAGUGAUCAUUCUGGGAAAUUGUAUUUGCAUGAUCACACUCAAACUUAGGGCCUAUUGUCACGACUUCCGCCGAAGUCGGCCCCUCACCUUGUUCGGGCGGCGUUCGGGCGGCGUUCGGGGAUCGACAUCACCGGCUUACUAGUUACCACCGAUCUAUGUUUCCCUGUUCGUUUGGUUUUGUCUUAAUUAUACACACCUGUUUCAUAUUCCCUGAUUAUGUUCAUUAUUUAACCCUCUGGCGUUCCUGUUUGUCUUGUCUGUGAUUGUUACCUGUUUUGUAUUGUUGGAGGUGUUUCUCCCAGCCAUGUUUUAUUACUGUGGGAGAAGUUGGAUUAUUGUUUUUGAGUAAAACGUUUUGUUUGCACUCA